GGCGCUCCAGCGCUUUGCGAGAGCUCUGGAGACGAGUCCCGGAGCGCGAGGCGGGCGGAGGCUGCAGCCCGCGGCGCCGGCGAGAGGUGUCUCUUGGAUUUGGCUACAAAUUUAUAGAUCUUCUGCACUGUGUACAGGCACAGUUGCUGAUAUGUGUUCAAGAUGAGUGGGAUGGGAGAAAACACCUCUGACCCAUCCAGGGCAGAGACAAGAAAGCGCAAGGAAUGUCCUGACCAGCUUGGACCCAGUCCCAAGAGGAGCACUGAGAAACGUAAUCGUGAACAGGAAAAUAAAUAUAUUGAAGAACUUGCAGAGCUGAUUUUUGCAAAUUUUAAUGAUAUAGACAACUUUAACUUCAAACCUGACAAAUGUGCAAUCUUAAAAGAAACUGUGAAGCAAAUUCGUCAGAUCAAAGAACAAGAGAAAGCAGCAGCUGCCAACGUAGAUGAAGUGCAGAAGUCAGACGUGUCGUCGACCGGGCAGGGCGUCAUCGACAAGGAUGCGCUGGGGCCUAUGAUGCUUGAGGCCCUUGAUGGGUUCUUCUUUGUAGUGAACCUGGAAGGCAACGUUGUAUUUGUUUCAGAGAAUGUGACACAGUACCUAAGGUAUAACCAAGAAGAGCUGAUGAACAAAAGUGUAUAUAGCAUCCUGCAUGUUGGGGACCACACUGAAUUUGUCAAAAACCUGCUGCCAAAGUCUAUAGUGAAUGGGGGAUCCUGGUCUGGCGAACCUCCUCGGCGGAACAGCCAUACCUUCAAUUGUCGGAUGCUGGUAAAACCUUUACCUGAUUCAGAAGAGGAAGGUCACGAUAACCAGGACACACAUCAGAAAUAUGAAACUAUGCAGUGCUUUGCUGUCUCUCAACCAAAGUCCAUCAAAGAAGAAGGAGAAGCUACAGUGCUGAGACAAGGAUUGGCGUUCAGUCAGAUCUAUCGUUUUUCCUUGUCCGACGGCACUCUUGUUGCUGCACAAACGAAGAGCAAACUCAUCCGUUCUCAGACUACUAAUGAACCUCAGCUUGUAAUAUCGUUACAUAUGCUUCACAGAGAGCAGAAUGUGUGUGUCAUGAAUCCAGAUCUGACGGGACAAGCGAUGGGGAAGCCACUGAAUCCAAUUAGCUCUAGCAGCCCUGCCCAUCAGGCCAUGUGCAGUGGGAACCCAGGUCAGGACAUGACCCUUGGUAGCAAUAUAAAUUUUCCCAUCAGUGGCCCAAAGGAACAAAUGGGCAUGCCCAUGGGCAGGUUUGGUGGUUCCGGGGGAAUGAACCAUGUGUCAAGCAUGCAAGCAACCACUCCUCAGGGUAGUAACUAUGCACUCAAAAUGAACAGUCCCUCCCAGAGCAGCCCUGGCAUGAAUCCAGGACAGCCCAACUCCAUGCUUUCACCGCGGCAUCGCAUGAGCCCCGGAGUGGCCGGCAGCCCUCGAAUCCCACCCAGUCAGUUUUCGCCCGCAGGAAGCUUGCAUUCCCCUGUGGGAGUUUGCAGCAGCACAGGAAAUAGCCAUAGCUACACCAACAGUUCCCUCAACGCACUUCAGGCCCUCAGCGAGGGGCACGGGGUCUCACUAGGGUCGUCGCUGGCUUCACCAGACCUGAAACUGGGCAAUUUGCAAAACUCCCCCGUUAAUAUGAAUCCUCCCCCACUCAGCAAGAUGGGGAGCUUAGACUCCAAAGACUGUUUCGGACUUUAUGGGGAGCCGGCUGAAGGUACAACUGGUCAAGCAGAGAGCAGCUGCCGUCCCGGAGAGCAGAAGGAGACGGACGAUUCCAGCAUGCCCCAGGCUGUGAGCGGUGAGAGAGCUGAUGCACAGAAUCGGCUGCAUGACAGCAAAGGACAGACCAAACUCCUGCAGCUGUUGACCACCAAAUCGGACCAGAUGGAGCCCUCGCCCUUACCCAGCUCCCUGUCGGACACAAACAAGGACUCCACAGCGAGCCUGCCUGGUCCUGGCUCGACACAUGGAACCUCGCUCAAGGAGAAGCAUAAGAUUUUGCACAGACUCUUGCAGGACAGCAGCUCCCCUGUGGACUUGGCUAAGUUAACAGCAGAAGCCACAGGCAAAGAGCUGAGCCAGGAGGCCAACAGCACGGCUCCCGGCUCAGAAGUGACUAUUAAACAAGAGCCAGUGAGCCCCAAGAAGAAAGAGAAUGCACUACUUCGCUACUUGCUAGAUAAAGAUGAUACUAAAGAUAUUGGUUUACCAGAAAUUACCCCCAAACUUGAGCGACUGGACAGUAAGACAGACCCUGCCAGUAACACAAAAUUAAUAGCUAUGAAAACUGAGAAGGAGGAGAUGAGCUUUGAGCCUAGUGAGCAGCCUGGCAGUGAGCUGGACAACUUGGAGGAGAUUUUGGAUGAUUUGCAGAAUAGUCAAUUACCACAGCUUUUCCCAGACACGCGGCCAGGCGCCCCUGCUGGAUCAGUUGACAAGCAAGCCAUCAUCAAUGACCUCAUGCAACUCACAGCUGAAAACAGUCCUGUUACACCUGUUGGAGCCCAGAAAACAGCACUGCGAAUUUCACAGAGCACUUUUAAUAACCCACGACCAGGGCAACUGGGCAGGUUAUUGCCAAACCAGAAUUUACCACUUGACAUCACAUUGCAAAGCCCAACUGGUGCUGGACCUUUCCCACCAAUCAGAAACAGUAGUCCCUACUCAGUGAUACCUCAGCCAGGAAUGAUGGGUAAUCAAGGGAUGAUAGGAAACCAAGGAAAUUUAGGGAACAGUAGCACAGGAAUGGUGGGUGGUAAUGCUUCCCGGCCCACGAUGCCAUCUGGGGAGUGGGCACCACAGAGUCCUGCCGUGAGAGUCACCUGUGCUGCUCCCACCAGCGCCGUGAGCCGGCCAGUCCAAGGAGGCAUGAUUCGGAACCCCAUGAGACCCAGCAGCCAGCCUGGCCAAAGACAGAUGCUUCCGUCUCAGGUCAUGAAUCUAGUUGUCAUUUUGUUCUAUGUCUGGCCGGUACGUUUGUCUCUUUACAGGCAGCCAUUUGGCAGCUCUCCAGAUGACUUGCUGUGUCCACAUCCUGCAGCAGAAUCUCCAAGUGAUGAAGGAGCUCUCCUGGACCAGCUCUAUCUGGCCUUGCGGAAUUUCGAUGGCCUCGAGGAGAUUGACAGAGCUCUCGGAAUACCCGAACUGGUCAGCCAGGUACGCACCGAGCGAGGCUGGUGGGGGCCCAGCACUCUCGUGGGCACGAAAUUGUCCAUUUUCUUUUGCAUACAAAUGAUCUGUGGUCUGCUUUUUAGAAUACUUCUUUAUCUCAUAACAAGGCCAUCUGAAUUAGAGAUGAACAUGGGGGGACCUCAGUAUAGCCAACAACAAGCUCCUCCAAAUCAGACUGCCCCGUGGCCUGAAAGCAUCCUGCCUAUAGACCAGGCAUCUUUUGCCAGCCAAAACAGAAAGGAAGUGGCACCUAUUAAUGCACAGAUGCUGGCCCAAAGACAGAGGGAAAUCCUGAACCAGCAUCUUCGGCAGAGACAAAUGCAUCAGCAACAGCAAGUUCAGCAGCGAACAUUGAUGAUGAGAGGACAAGGGUUGAAUAUGACCUCGAGCAUGGUGGCUCCUGGUAGCUUACCAGCAACUCUGAGCAACCCCCGGAUGCCCCAGGCAAAUGCACAACAGUUUCCGUUUCCUCCGAACUACGGAAUAAGUCAGCAACCUGAUCCAGGCUUUACUGGGGCGACAACGCCCCAGAGCCCUCUGAUGUCGCCCAGAAUGGCACAUACCCAGAGCCCCAUGAUGCAGCAGUCUCAGGCUAAUCCAGCUUACCAGGCCUCCUCUGACAUGAAUGGGUGGGCGCAGGGGAAUAUGGGUGGAAACAGCAUGUUUUCACAACAGUCCCCACCACACUUUGGGCAACAAGCAAACACCAGCAUGUACAAUAACAAUAUGAACAUCAAUGUAUCCAUGGCGACCAACACAGGUGGGAUGAGCAACAUGAACCAGAUGACAGGACAGAUCAGCAUGACCUCAGUGACCUCCGUGCCUACGUCAGGGCUGUCCUCCAUGGGUCCUGAGCAGGUUAAUGAUCCUGCUCUGAGGGGAGGCAACCUUUUCCCAAACCAGCUGCCUGGAAUGGAUAUGAUUAAGCAGGAGGGAGACGCAUCACGGGUGAGAAACAGCAAAGAAAUAUGUGAAUAGGGUAGUAUAGGGUAGUAAAGUGAACAUGGAUAUUUUAUAGACCAAAAUUGACAGAUACAUUGUCAGCCAGUAGAUGGAAGAUAGUUGUAACACUUGGGAUUUUUUAAAAAUAUCUUGUAAUUUUAUCUGCCAUACAAUGGUUUUCUGUGAAUAAUUAUUUCUUUAAGCUCAUUUUAAUUGA